UAUAUUCAUAUGUAGAGUGAGCCACAUGUCAAACUAUUGAUAUAAAUAUUUUCUUUCCAAGUUCGAAAACAGUGGUCAACUACUUGGCCAAAGAUAUUCAAAUGGCGUCGGUAGACUGUAAUAAUAAAUAUAAGAAUGAUACAAAUCUACCUCAACAAAAUCGUGAAGAAUAUACGGAGAUCUUCGUACCAUCUAUAUUAACAAGUAUAACAACUUUUCAAAGCACAGAUCAAGUAGAUGAAAUUACGGAAGAUUAUGAGAACUUCAUUAGUACAUCAGCUGUACUUCAUUAUUGUAAACAUAAAAUAUUAAGACCUUAUCUGAGGUUAUUAGGAGUGAUGGGAUUGAGACCAACUAACAGUGAUGAUCAUUUUCUGCGAUGUUCGAUUUUAUCGAAUCUUCAUACAAUUCAAGUUACUAUAUUUAUAUGUAUUGGAUAUAUUUUACAAUACAUGGCUUGUUUCAGACGAGAUCGAGGAUUCUGUUACAAAAUAUUCCUGGAACAAAAUGGACCAGACAAUGAGCAACAAACGCAGGAACCGUCCUGUUAUGGAAAUGUGAUAUUCAGCUAUUUAAUCCCAAGUAUAUUACAUUUAGUAGCGUAUUUAUAUACGAUAUAUUUAUUUCGCGUCAAGGAAAACGAGCAACUACAGAAUCUAAUGGAGAGAGCGUUUCUGCUCUCCUCGAAUCCGAUAAAUCAUGGCAAUCAAAAGCGUCUUGUACACAUAUUAUGGUUAUUCAUAGCAUUAAGUAUAGUAUGGAUAAUCAUGGCACUGGUCACAGUAAAUAUUCAGAUGGCAGAAAGAAAUAUUGUGUUUCAAUGGAUGGAAAAUAGUCCAUAUCAAGUAAAAAUAAUGUUAAAAGUAUUCCUAAUCAUCUGCACUUUAUGGCACGAUAUGGUCCAAGGAACCAUUAUAACAAGUUACUGUCUGCAAGGGCAGCUAUUGAUGUCACAUCUUUACUUUUUGCGCGGAAAAUUGCUCCAACAUGUUCUACUGCCUAUUGAUUGGAUGAGGGAUAUCGAUGAAUUCAAGAAACUGUUAAAAUACUUUAAUGACGAAUUAGGUCCAGCUGUCUGCAUUUAUACUAUAGUUAAUCUGUCAUGGGCAGUCGCAGGAAUCAUAUGGUUAUUUCAAUAUUAUGUCAACAAUGGAGACAGUAAUCAUGUUACAUAUGUUAGUGCAAUGAAUGUUGUAUUAUGGAUUUUGAUUUCAAUCGCACCAUUUAUACAGGACAUCUUGCCUAGUGAUGGUAUAUCAGUAUAUGUAAGAAUGAGGUACUCUUGCACUGCUGCUCGUUUAACGAAUGCCUGCUCCAUGAUUCGAGCUGUAGGACACGAAAUACGUAUACGGCCAUUCGUGUAUCAAACCACUCCAGGCGAAGAUCUCGAUAGUAUACUCUUGUAUACGUCUUCUUUAAAAAUGUGCGCCAAGUUGUUCAAGAUCCCUAUCAAGAGUAGAUAUUUAUGUCUUCUGCUAACUAUUGGCAGUAUUUCUAUUCUCACUUUAGGACAGUGCGAGUUUUUUUCGUAAUUAUGUAAUAUUUCAAUUGAAAAGCUGUGCUGUGUAAAUACAUCAUAUAAUCGUUUACGCGUAUAAA